ACACACAUGCGCGCGCACUGCACGGCAGAGAGAUGAUUUGCGCGUGGAUGGCAGAGAGCAUCGACUACUUGGAUGUAUCAGCUAGUAUCGGCGUGUAGAUCCUAGUACUAGCGUGUAGAAGGUAGUACUACUACUGUCUAGGAGCUAGUACUACUUAGUGUUUAGGAGCUAGUACUACUGUUUAGAAGGUAGUAGUAUUGACGUGUGGAAGUCAGUACUAGCGUGUAGAAAGUAGUUUUGUUAGUGUGUAGAAGUGAGUAUUAGCGUGUAUAAAGUGGUAAUAUUAGUGUGUAGAAGUGAGUAUUAGCGUGUACAAAGUAGUAGUAUUAGUGUGUAAAAAAGUAUUUGUGUUGAAAGCGGCGAGCGGAGCUCGAAGACCGUUUUUGACAUCGAGGACUAAAGUUGAUAUUUUUUUUUUGCCUUCCCGGGGAGGAUUUUGAGAAGGUUCUCGAAGAAGUUUGAUCACUUUUUUUUUUUGCCAGGAUGAGGCAGUAUAAAGGCUGGAGUAGGUUCCUGCUGUUGCUGCUUUUACUUGAGUGGGUUUCCGCACAGAAGUUACCAACGAGAGAUGAAGAACUUUUUCAGAUGCAAAUCAGAGACAAAUUUUUGUUCCACGAUUCUUCCGUCGUUCCUGACGGCGCCGAGAUCAACGGCUUCCUCUUCAGGGACACGCCCAAAAGGUACUACUUUGUGGUGGAAGAAGACAACACACCGCUGUCAGUGACGGUGACGCCGUGUGACGCUCCUCUGGAGUGGAAACUCACGCUGCAGGAACUUCCUGAGGACGCCAGCGGAGAAACUUCAGGUGAGCCGGAGGUGUUGGAGCAACAGAAGCAGCAGGUGACAGCAGACGAGGGGGCGGAGCUCUUCACCUACAAAGGUAACGACGUGGAGUCCUACGCGGCCGCCAGCUCGCCCGCCGGCCUCUACCAGCUGGAGCUGCUGUGCACGGAGAAGGACAGCAACUUCAAGGCCUACGCCAGCACCACGCCGGAGUCGGACCGGCCGUACCCGGAGCUGCCGUACGACCCGCGUGUGGACGUGACCUCGCUGGGCCGCACCACCGUCACCCUGGCCUGGAAGCCCACGCCCACCGGCUCCCUGAUGGCUCAGCCCGUCCAGUACUGCCUGGUCAUUAACAAGGAGCACAACUUCAAGAGCAUGUGCGCCGCCGAGGCCAAGGUGAGCGGCGCCCACGCUGACGACGCCUUCAUGUCGGCGCCCAAGCCCGGCAGGGACUUCAGCCCCUUCGACUUCGCCCACUUCGGCUUCUACCCGCCCGAGACGCGCGGCCCGGCCUCCAACAAGAUCCCGCGCUCGUACGGCGCCAAGCCCAAAGACAUCCGGAAGGUGUGCAUCGGCAACAAGAACAUCUUCACCGUCUCCCAGCUGAAACCCGACACGCAGUACUACUUUGACGUCUUCGCCCUCAACGCCGCCACCAAUGCCAGCACCGCCUACGUGGGCACCUUCGCCCGCACCAAGGAGGAGGCGCCGCAGAAGACGGUGGAGCUGAAAGACGGCAAAGUGGCCGACGUCUUCAUCGAGAGGAAAGGCAGCAAGUUCUUGCGCUUCGCCCCGGUCUCCUCGCACCAGAAGGUGGCGCUCUUCUUGCACGCCUGCCUGGACGCCGUGCAGGUGCAGGUGCGGCGCGACGGCAAGCUGCUGCUCUCCCAGAACGUUGAGGGCGUGCGGCACUUCCAGCUGCGAGGCAAGCCCAAAGCCAAGUACCUGAUCCGGCUGCGGGGGAGCCGCAAGGGCGCCUCCACCCUGAAGGUCCAGGUCAGCACCCGGCCCGACCACAAGCAGCCCUUCCCCGCGCUCCCCGACGACACCCGCAUCAAGGCCUUCGACAAGCUCCGCACCUGCACCUCCGUCACCGUGGCCUGGCUGGGAACCCGCCAGCGCAACAAGUACUGCGUCUACCGCAAGGAGGUGGCCCCGGACUACAGCGAGGAGCGGCGCCGGCGCCAGCAGAACGGCUGCGCCGGACCCGGCGGCCGCGACAAGGCGGAGAAGGUCCUCUGCAAGUUCUUCCACAGCGACAACCCGCAGAAGGCCGUCACCACAGAAAUCGUCGGCGGGCUGCAGCCCGGGAAGACCUACCUGCUGGACGUGUACGCCGUGGCGCACGGAGGCCACGCCCUCAGGUACCAGAGCAAGCUGGUGAAAACCAGGAAGUACUGCUGAACACGGGCCCGCCCACACGCACCUCCUUAUUUAACUCUUCCACUGGGACUCAGGCGAGAGAUCCUGUAUAUUUAUGACUUAUGUUUAUGUUUAUGUUUAUGUUUAUGUUUACACCGCCUUGUAAAGAUCUCUAUAACCUGUUGUUUAAAUUAUUUUAUACUCUGUAGCCGCUCACACAUCUUUUACUGUCACAUUCCAUCCUGGAACUCUACUAUUGUUACUGCCCGUGUGCGUGUGUGUGUGUGUGUGUGUGUGUGUGUGUGUGUGUGUGUGUGUGUGUGUGUCACAUGUACAGUCGUCCUGCCAGUAUUCAUGUACAUAAACAGAAGUGUAGAAGUCCUCAAUCGUCAUAUUUCCUACACUGAUCACCAACACAACACAAACUAUGUCACAACAAACUAUGUUACAACACAAACUAUGUCACAACACACACUAUCCCACAACAAACUAUGUCACAACGCAAACAAUGUCACAACAUAAACUGUCACAACACAAACUAUGUCACAACAAACUAUGUUACAACACAAACUAUGUGACAACACACACUAUCCCACAACAAACUAUGUCACAACACACACUAUCCCACAACAAACUAUGUCACAACGCAAACAAUGUCACAACAUAAACUGUCACAACACAAACUAUGUCACAACAUAAACUGUCACAACACCAACUAUGUCACAACACCAACUAUGUCACAACACAAACUGUGUCACAACACAAAGUAUGUCACAACACAAAUUAUGCCACAACAAACUAUGUUACAACACAAACUGUGUCACAACACAAAGUAUGUCACAACACAAAUUAUGCCACAACAAACUAUGUCAUAACACCAACUAUGUCACAACACAAACUGUCACAACACAAACCAAGUUACAACACAAACUGUGUCACAACACAAACUAUGUCACAACAAGAACUAUGUUACAAUACAAACUGUCACAACACAAACUAUGUUACAACAAACUAUGUCACAACACAAACUAUGUCACAACACAAACUACUUCACAACACAAACUAUGUCACAACACAAACUAUGCCACAACAAUGUCACAACCUAAACUGUCACAACACCAACUAUGUCACAACACAAACUGUCCCAACACAAACUGUGUCACAACACAAACUAUGCCACAACAAUGUCACAACCUAAACUGUCACAACACCAACUAUGUCACAACACAAACUGUCCCAACACAAACUAUGUCACAACACAAACUAUGCCACAACAAACUAUGUCAUAACACCAACUAUGUCACAACACAAACUACGUUACAACACAAACUGUGUCACAACAUAAUCUAUGUGACAACAAGAACUAUGUCCUAAUACAAACUGUCACAACACAAACUAUGUUACAACAAACCAUGUCACAACACAAACUAUGUCACAACAAGAACUAUGUGACAACAAGAACUAUGUCCUAAUACAAACUGUCACAACACAAACUAUGUUACAACAAACUAUGUCGCAACACAAACUAUGUCACAACAAGAACUAUGUCACAAUACAAACUGUCACAACACAAACUAUGUUACAACAAACUAUGUCACAACACAAACUUUGUCACAACACAAACUACUUCACAACACAAACUAUGUCACAACACAAACUAUGCCACAACAAUGUCACAACCUAAACUGUCACAACACCAACUAUGUCACAACACAAACUGUCACAACACAAACUACGUUACAACACAAAGUGUGUCACAACACAAACUAUGUCACAACACAAACUAUGCCACAACAAACUAUGUCAUAACACCAACUAUGUCACAACACAAACUGUCACAACACAAACUACGUUACAACACAAACUGUGUCACAACACAAUCUAUGUGACAAAAAGAACUAUGUCCUAAUACAAAGUGUCACAAGACAAACUAUGUCACAACACAAACUGUCACAACACAAACUAUGUCACGACACAAACUAUGUCCCAACAAUGUCACAAAAAACUACUUCACAACACAAACUAUGUCACAUCACAAACUGUCCCAACACAAACUACGUCACAACACAAACUGUCACAACACCAACUAUGUCACAACACAAGCUAUGUCACAACACAAACUAUGUCACAACACAAACUAUUUUACAUUACAAACUAUGUCCCAACACAAACUAUGUCACAACACAAACUAUGUCCCAACACAAGCUAUGUCACAACACAAACUAUGUCACAACACAAACUAUGUCACAACACAAGCUAUGUCACAACACAAACUAUGUCACAACACAAGCUAUGUCACAACACAAACUAUGUCCCAACACAAGCUUUGUCACAACACAAACUAUGUCACAACACAAACUAUGUCCCAACACAAGCUUUGUCACAACACAAACUAUUUUACAUUACAAACUAUGUCCCAACACAAACUAUGUAACGACACACACUACUUCACAACACAAAUUAUGUCACGACACAACUAUGUCCCAACAAUAACAUAAAAAACUACUUCACAACACAAACUAUGUCACAACACAUUCCAGCCUGUAACUCUACUUCUGUUGCUGUGUGUGUGUGUGUGUGUGUGUGUGUGUGUGUGUGAGAGAUGUAGAGUGGUACAGUACAGUACAGUACAGUAUUGAUGUACAUAGAGAGAAGUCUAGAUGUUUCCUCCAGUGAUCAGCAUCACAACACAACUGGCAUCAGGUCCUCGACAAUAUUCAUUUGUGUUGAUAAAAAAAUAAAAAUGUAUCAUCUU